UUCUUCUUUCAUUUCUACAUAAUCACACAUACACUUAAAAACAAAAUUAGUGUGCAAUCAUCAUAACGAUGAUGACUACUACUUCGUUUAUCCAAUUUCACCAAAUAAUAAUUCUUUUCUUUCUCAUUCUCACUUUAUGGAACUCUCAAGUAACAAUGUCACGCAGGCUAUUUGAGUCUACAUGCACAAGAGAGAGACAUGAGAAAUGGAUGGAAGAAUAUGGAAAAGUGUAUAAGGAUGGUGAAGAGAAAGAAAGAAGGUUCCGAAUAUUCAAGAACAAUGUUGAGUUCAUUGAGUCCUUCAAUGGGGCUGGGGACAAAAGUUUCAAGCUUAGUGUUAACAGAUUUGCGGACCUAAGCGUUGAAGAGUUCAAGGCUUCUCUUAAUGGCCUUCGGAAGAGUCAUUGGCAAACGACGCCGUUUCGGCAUGAGAAUGUAACUGACAUUCCAGAAACCGUGGACUGGAGGAAAAGUGGAGUUGUUACACCAAUCAAGGACCAAGGCACAUGUGGUAGUUGGUGGGCAUUUUCAUCUGUGGCUGCAGUUGAAGGAAUCCACAAAAUAAGUACAGGUAAACUAGUGUCUCUCUCAGUGCAAGAACUAGUAGAUUGCGUAAGAGGCGACAGUGAAGGAUGCUAUGGUGGUUAUAUGGAAGAUGCGUAUACAUUCAUUGCAAAGAAUGGAGGAAUAUCAAGUGAAUCAGACUACCCAUACAAACAAGUUGAGAAGCCAUGUAAGGCUAAUGAGAAGGAAACAAUACAUAAUGUAGCUAAGAUAAAAGGGUUCGAGAAGGUUCCUUCUAAUAACGAAAAGGCACUCCUCAAAGCUGUGGCAAAACAACCAGUGUCGGUUUAUCUUCAAGCUAGUGGGUAUUAUUUUCAAUUUUAUUCUAGUGGGAUUUUCACUGGAAUAUGUGAAACUGAGCCAGACCAUACUGCUACGGUAGUUGGUUAUGGUAAAGAUAAGGAUGGUACCAAGUAUUGGAUAGUAAAAAAUUCAUGGGGUACUGACUGGGGAGAAAAAGGGUACAUAAGGAUGAAGAGAGAGGUACAUGCUAAGGAAGGGUUAUGUGGAAUUGCCAAUAAUGCCACGUAUCCAAUUAUUUAAUUAGUAUUACUCUCUAUUCUUAAGUGCAACCGUCGCUGAUGGGGUGUACAUAGACAUGCUUUGUGUAACCUUCUGUACUGUUUUAAGUAAGGUAUGAAAUUUGUAUUAAGUUUUUUUUAUA